AUGAAUGAGGAACCUAGCGUUACGGAAGGACAAGCUGGUUGGAGAUUAUGGUGGAACUCUCGUGGCAUUAAAACACAGCAACAGGACUGCCCGAAUCAAGACGCUCAUGACACUACCAAUACAGAGGUAGCAAGUUCAAAUGCAGCAGGAGUAACUGAAACGGCUUUAAACAAUACGCAGGACGUGAAGAACGAAUCUCAUAAUGCAGAUCAAACGGCGGAUAACAAGAGCUGGUAUGCUAAUCUAAUGUCUAAGGUUUCUUCAAUCGGUCUUGGAAACCAUGAAGAUGCCUUUAUCAUUGAGGCUGGAAUACAUUACUCUCAGCUCAAUGAGGUACAACUGAGGCGUGUGAAAGAGGAUUCCUUGCAGAAAGUAGCACGACGUGCCAAUUCGUGGUGCUGGUUCGAAGACCUCACGGCAAUAAACGAUAAUUCAAAAUCAUGGCUUCAAAGAUCGGGUCUGAUAAGUGUCCAGGGCACAAGCUCCGAGCAUUGCCCGUUUCCUCUGGAACAUUAUCCUGCAAUAACCGCCACGGGAUAUGAGGUUUAUCUUCAAGAUUCUUUGAUUAUGCCAUCACGAUCACCUCUUGACAUUCUGCAUACUCAAUCGCUGAAGAGCAAAGUGGCCGCAGCGGUCAAGAGCUAUUACAAUUUUCCAAGUGAGAAACAUCUUUAUCUGAAAGAAAACACCGAUGGCCUUCUACGCAGUAAGAACGUUCUCAUUAUAUCAGUUGUUGGUAGCCUCCCGGACAAGUACGAAAAGUUUUCUCUGGGAGAGCAGCGCUCUGCAUACUAUCUUGCAAGAAAAUUGGCACAAUCGGUGGAUCAUGAAGUACCAUCAGCUAUAUCUUCGCUUUCUUUUGAAUGUCCACUUGAUAGCAAGGAGUUAGAUACCGUUUUGAAGGAAACUAUCGCACUCUUGGAUAACUGGAAAGAUAUCUUUAAAGAUGUAUCAUCCAUAUUCUUUAUUGGCGUGUACCAUAGUGUCCCUCUGGUCAUAUCAUUAGCCCAAUAUAUCUUAAAAAAUCAUGAUGUUCUGGGUUUUGCAGCUUCCAUUCCUGUUGGUUUAUUAGCAAUUGAGUCCAUCUUGCAGGGUUAUAGAUUUUGGGACCAUAGCACUGAUGCAAUCAAUAGCGAUGAAAGAAGCUACCAAAAGAUACAGCAGGCGAGAGAAAAGCAGCUAUUUCAAGGUGUGGGAAAAGAGGAAAAGGAAAUUUUGCUGAAGCACCGACAUUACAGGAAAUUGGACUCUGAAGAAUCAAAAUUGGUUCAGAAAAACCUGGAUUGGUUGCUUUAUAACUGGGAUUCUUUUAGAUUGAAUUUUUGUGGAAAAAUAUAUGACAACUUUAUGACGGCAUCCCAAAAGUUGGCGAUCGAUUAUGUCCAUCCCAAAAUAUUGAGAAACCUGUGGUGCGACGGUAGACACCUGGGCUGCGACUUGAAGCAUCCAGAUAAAUGGGAUAUACCUGACGUUGAUAUCAAGACGCCAAAAUUCGAAUGUACAAUCAGAAUCCCCGGAAAUCGGGCUUUUGAGAUUACGUUGUUGAAUUGUCUACUGUUGGCGCUGAACCUGGGAUACACUGAAUUUGUCCCAAUAAUGAAGCUGCUCAGUCCUUUUUUCAUAUCAAGAUCGUUCAACGAGAACACUAUGUCACCGAGUCUCAAGAAACAGAAGCUAAGCGAAAUGAAAACCUGGCUGCAAGAGAUAGAUGCGAAAUCGCGACCCGAUACUGAAGGGCCCCACGAUGAGCUCCCGAAGAGCGUUUCUACUGUCCACAAGUUCAUGGAGUUUGCUCUCUACCAUAACAGCAGAAGUCCUGAAGUCUUGAAAGUUCACUCCGAGAUCUACGACGACGAUACGGUGUACAGUGCUUUCAUCGAGAACACAAUCAAAACCCGAUCGCCCCUGAUAAAGAAGCACCUACGGCUGCUAGAUGACCAUUCAGCGCCGCAAAGUAUACUCAACGCGGUCAAUCAAUUCGAUCUGGUAUGGAAGUUUCACGAAUUCAUCUCGGACUACGCUAAGCUACGCAAUCUACCGCAUCAGGAGCACCCAGAGGGACUGAACUUCAGCAUAUCGCUCGGCUACUCCCUUUGGCAGCAGUCGUAUGCCGAUCCAACCAUGUUUCAGAGAAACAAUCAAGAGGCGAUCUGCCGAUUAAAGCAGAUCUGGGAGAGCUAUCAAGAUUGGGACCCUCCAACUAGAGGCUUGAAACAGCUGAAGAACAUUCUAAGUGUGCUGUCGCUCUACAACGAAUUCUCACAUCUUUUGCAAGAUAUAACAGGUAAAUAG